AGCGACUCGAACUUCUAGGAGUUGACAACGCUGACAUUGACAUUUGACAUCUUUUGCCGUGCAACACCGAGUCGAUGUUCGUAUCUCAAUUCUCAAAGCAAAGUAUUAAAGUCUAAAUUUUAAUCAUAAAUUAUAGUAAAUUAAUAACGUUUUUGGGCAAAAAUCAAAAUAUAUAAAUAGUAUUGUGAUAUCCGUGUUUUGUUUAAGAGCCUGGUGCCCUUUUUUAAUUAGCUCAGUUCAGAUUUCGUAAUGUCUAACAAUCGUAAUAAAUACGAAAAAGCAAGAAGGCGGUUAGCUGCUGUAACCUUUCUUUCUAAUAUUUCAUUAGAUGGAACGUUUAAAGAUACAGAAGUAGUGAAAUUGGUGGCAAAGUCGUCGGGAUGUGAUAAAUCUGACAUUGAAGCUAUUGAUACAAAUAAUGAAGGGUUAAUAAAGAAUACCUCACGCAAUCGACAAAAAAAAACUCAAAUAAGUCCAGUACACCGAUUAGGUGCAGAUACUCACUCUCUUAGUUCAGAUUCUGACAUAACAAAUACAGUUUCACCUGUUAAAUCCAAUAUAAAUGUUCUUAAAGAAAGAUGUGCAUCUGGAAACACUGAUUCAUUCAAAGAUAAACAUUCAUCUGGCAGAGUUAAGAAGGGUCACUUGGUAUCUCUUUCAGGAGUUACUACAGACGAUAAAAGCAGUUCUGAAAGUUUAAAUUUUGGUCGAUUUCGUACCAGUAGCAAUUGUAUUCCUGAAAAUCAUACUAAAGAAGUACGCUUAGUACGUGCUUCUAAAGGAGUUUCAUUUAGAGAUGAGAGACUAGCAUUUGCUCCUUCACAGGGAGUACCAUGUGUAGUAUUUAGUACUAUUCCAUAUUCCAAGACUGUUCGUAACCCACGUUCUGACUUAAGGAAAGAUGGAGUGCGGAGGCGCAACACUUCAGGACCAAGACCUCUCUCUGCAAUCACUGAUAGUGGUGUAGAUCCUUUUGAUCUACUUGGCUUGGAAAGGGAAGAGAAUGGUCAAGACAUUUCUUAUUCAAAAUUGCUUGUACCUUCAAGAGUUUGUACUAGAGAACAGUAUAAAAAAAUGUAUGAAGGUGAUUUUACUGAUAAGUCAAAUUGGAAAAUUUUGAAUCGUCAUCCUCAUGUCAUUGCAAGGACUAAGUUAUUGACGAGGCACAAGGAUAAGAAAUGGUGUUUCUCCUACGAGUCGUCACAGAGAACUACAAUGGCUGCAUCUCCUCCACAUACUUCAGUAGAUGUGAAAUCAUUUGAUUGGGAGGAAGGGACGCUUCUUUCCCAGAAAUAUCUUCAUUACUGCCCGAAUGUACUUGAUGAUCCAGAACUUAUUGCUGGCAAACAUAGAACUUUGUUGACGUUCACCUCAUACAUGACUUCUAUUAUUGAUUAUGUCCGUCCACAAGACUUGAAGAAAGAAUUGAAUGAUAAGUUCCGCGAGAAGUUCCCGCAUAUAAAAUUAACACUCAGUAAAUUAAGAAGCAUCAAAAAAGAAAUGCGCAAAAUAGCGAAACACGAUGGUGGUGGCAUUGAUUUGUUAUCAGUCGCUCAAGCGUAUGUCUACUUCGAGAAACUUAUUCUCGCAAAUCUCAUAAAUAAAGACAACAGGAAACUAUGCGCAGGAGCAUGUUUGCUUCUGUCAGCAAAACUGAACGAUGUCAAAGGCGAAACGUUGAAGGCACUCAUAGAGCGCAUCGAAACAACAUUUAGAGUGAAUAGAAAAGAUCUCAUGAGGUUCGAGUUUGCUGUGUUGGUAGCGCUGGAAUUUGGGCUGCACGUUCCACCCUACGAAGUAUUCCCGCAUUACCAACGAUUGUUGCACGACUCGUGACCCUGGCGAAGGCUAGCCUUCGAGCCGUGCAUCCGCGUCUGCCAUCGGAGGCGAGCAAGUAUCGUGGAUAAUCUGAGAGCCGGUGCUUGGAUAGGCAAAUGAAACCGACCAGGUGUCUGACCAGGCCGGUGAAGACCUACAAUCGGGAGACCAGCCCUCAGUAAGCCAGAGCUGCGCAGAGCGGCUUCCAGCUGUCCAAGGCGAUGCAGACCAGCCUUCGACGAGCCGGGGCUGCGUGCAGCAGCUUCAUGAAUACCAAGAUGGUGAAGAUGAGGCUUCAUAGAGCCAGGGCUGUGAGGAGCAGGAGGAGCAGCUUCUGGAGGACGGUGGCACUGCAGAACCAGCGGUCUAGGACGCCGCAUCAUCAGGAGAGGCCGUGUUAGAAAUAACAGCCGCUACGUCACUGUGACGACUGAUCACGUGACCUGUCAUCGGGUUUUGCGGGAAACUGCUAUGAAAGAGGAGCCGUUUGCGCGGGACUUCACUUAUGCUCGAGCUCUCGGAGGCGACGGACGUUCUUGGGAUACUUAGGGCUAUCUAUAAUUUCAAUUAUUUAAUUUGUAAUUAAUUAAAAUCAUAUAGUUUGUGCCAUUGCCGUGUUCUUUUUUUUAAAAAAAACAAUUUCACUUCUGGUUCAUUAGAAUAUAUUAUCCAGGUAAAACGCGGACAUUAUUAAAGGUUUUUGUAACUUAUUUAUCCCGACAUUUCGACCGUACCCUUAGUACGAGUUUUGCAAUUACGAAAACUAUGUUAAUUUUCGUGAGCUCGCACUCGUACUAAGGGUACUGAUUUUAUUGCUUUCGUUUCAAUACAAAUAAACAGUGUUUAAAUUCUAUUAUUUAAUCAUUUGCGUCUUCUUAAAUUUUAAGUAUAUUUGGUUAAUUUUCACCAAAAUGGACAUAGAAACAUAAUUUACAAUUACGAAAACUAUGAUAAGUUUUCGUGAGCUCAAACUCGUACUAAGGGUACAGGUUACACUAGUCAUGGUCACGGAAUGGGCUACUGAUGGAUGCAUUGCUGUUACGUUUUCGCUCCUGAUGAUAAAUCCUUCCUCCACCAACACAUUAUUUUUUUAACUACCCUUACACAAAACACCAACACCCAUAUUCUUAGUCGUUUCCUCGAAAUUUUUUCCACUCGACUCAACCUCAUUCGAGGAAAUUCGUAUGCUUAGACAAUAAAAAUAUCCUUCACUUGAGAUAUUCCUCACUCGAGUGGAGGUCGAGUCGAGGAAUAAACUGUCAAACUCAAGGUAGCUCUCGACGUACUUUAAGGCUUCCUCGAGUGGUGUUUAAGGUGUUUUCAAGUUGUUUUUAUCGAGAAUUAUGUCUGAUUUUGAGAUUAUUGAUGAUGAACCAUAUAAUCCGGCGCGAAGGUAUUUACGUGAAAAAAUCAAAUCCUUUUGAGGUUUACGACAGUGAUUCGUUUCAAAGAAGAUUUCGGUUUAGAGAGAUACAGUCAUACAAGUAAUAUUUCCUGCUAAGCAUUACACUAAAUUGUAAUCUAGUUUUAGUUGAACCUAGAUUCAGCAAAUUUACUGCAAGGCGGCUAGAGCUAAUGUUGUCAGGUCCGAUUUGUUUUAAAUCGGUACGUGAGGUCAAAACAAUCGGGAUUUAGGGUUACAGAUCGGGAUAGUAAACAAAAAACAGUCUGGGUUUAAUUAAUUGCGUUUUAAACUACUAGUGCAAGUAUAGUAUUAUAUUAAUUACCUAAAUAUAUUAUGAUCAGGUACAAAUCGGGACGCAUCCCCAGACCCCUGAAAAUCGGGACAUCCCGCGCAAAUCGGGACACCUGGCAACACUAGCCAGAGCCCAGAGUUAGAAAAAAACGGGCAUGUGCUGUUCACAUACGAUAGAAAUAAAGCCUACAAAAAUGUGAACACCAGGUGUGUUCAAAUUAAAAUUCAACUCUCUAUGUCCAAAUUGAAUAUUUUGUACUUAAAUUGUUUCGAAAAAUGGAUAAUAGCUUACAAUAAAAGAAAGGGCCUUAGUGUUACACAAAUUGUUUGAAGGUUUGACUCAGACCGUACAUUCGUUCAAGUGUAUACAGUAACACCUAUCAUGGUUUUGAUUAAACAUGAAUCUUAUGAACACUCAUCGUUCUGUAGUUAAACCAUCCUUACAUUAUUAUUAUUACAGAUUUCUGUUAUGAUUAUAAUCACUUCCCUGCUAUAUUUAGUUCCAUUUUUCAUUCGUUUCAAUUUAUUUAUGUAGGUAUGUAAGUACCUACCUUAAUUACAAAGUAGGUAUUAGAGUUAACGGGCAUCUGAAUAUAUAAACUGUAAUAUUAAAUGAUAGAAAUUUGCUAAAUACAGUUUUACAACACUUGGAUAUGGUUCACUGAAAUUGCUUCAGUACUUAGGUACUUAUGAAGUGCGUGUCCUAAUAUGAAAUAUCUAGCCAUCCGGUCUAAUUUUCAAAGUUCAUAAAACUGAUAGCACAGUAUUGUUUCUAUUCAUUCGUGUAUAAUUUCAAGCCGGAUAAUACUUCAACGUUAUUGAAGAAAUUAAAAAAUGAGUGAAUUUCGCCAUUUUAAGGUAAAUUAAAAUGAACUAGUGAAUAAAGUGUACCUACCUAGUUACUUUGUGCUAUUAUAACAGUUAUGGUUUGUAUUUCUAAUCAGGUGAUAGUGAUUUUAUCUGUCAUUUGCCUAAUGCGGGUGAAUGGAGAGAAUGAAGAAGAAAUCCGGCAAGUGCCUUCAAAGAACUCAACGGAAGCGUCUGCUAAUUCCGACCUCGAUCGGGCUUUCACCGUCUGGCGCCACUGGAAGCCUGAGAGGCUGUUGAAAUUAGGUCGACUUCUUAAUGAGUUAAUACGCCCUUCAGAUUCUGACUCACUUGAGAGUGUGAUUGAUAAGCAUCACGCUGUUAUUCAAGAGCGCCACAGUCAACAAAGACGUAAACUGAAAAACAAAAUUAAAAUUCUUUUUAAAGUACACCAAUUUGAAACUUA